GGAGCGAAUGCGUGAAAGAAGAUCUUGUAAGAUCGGCGCCGAACAAGACAAGACAAGACAAGACGAGGAAAAUCCGACAUUCUCUGGCUUGAUAAGUUGCUUGAGCAGAUGAGCAGCAAUAGCAGAGAGAGAGAGAGAGAGUGUUAGCAAAGUGACCACCGAGGCCACAGCGCAACCAGAGAACAGCUCGACCAGACCUCCGAGCUUCGAGUCACGUUGAAUCUGAUCGGUCACGUUAGUUGUCGCGCGGAGAGUGAUGCGUACAGGUGUGCAUCUUCGGGCUCAUCAUCUUAAAUAGCUGCUCUCACUUACAAUUAAAAACGAUCUCGCGUGCAAUGGAGCUCGGCCCGGUGUUGCUGCUGUUGGCCACCGCCUGUACGGGGCUGCUGAGCGGGUCCACCGUCCAGGGUGAGCGUGACGGUGCGGAAGCAAAUGAUCUCGAUCUGGAUGACAUGGAAUACGAUCGCGACAACGGAGGUGAUUCGCUGAUUCCCGAGCCGAUGGUGGUGCGGUCGUCGCUCGGUGAGCCCCUGCCCACGGUACAGAUACCGAACAAGGAGGGCGAGUUCGUGACGAUGACUCGCAUGGACGUGGCGGAGUGCAAGAGCAAUGCGACCUAUUACGAGGCCACCAAGUACGUGCAGUGCUAUCUGUACCGGGCGAACGCGUCCGAGGAUCGCUACGAGUUCCACUUCAACGGGCUAAGCUCGAUCGUGCAGGCUGGCUUUAGGCGCGAUCUGCCCACCGCCAUCCUGGUGCACGGUUGGCUCGGCAGCUCCGAGUCGGUGGUGAUCGAUCCGCUCGCCAAGGCACUGCUCGCCCAGGAAGACAAGAACGUUAUCGCGGUCGAUUGGGAGCAGGGUGCGAGCACUUUGCUCUAUCCGGUCGCCCGCUACCGUGUGCCGAAGGUUGCCGCACUGGUAGCGGCGCUGAUAGACAAUCUGGUGACCGGGCUCGGUCAGGACAUCAAUCAGGUGGGCAUUAUCGGGCACAGUCUCGGCGCACACAUUGCCGGCAUCGCCGGCAAGAAGGUUCGGGCGGGCAGGAUCGGAUACAUCGUGGGGCUCGAUCCGGCUUCGCCCCUGUUUCGCCUGAAAAAGCCGAACGAUCGGCUCACGGCGGACGACGCCCAGUACGUCGAGAUCAUUCACACCAACGGAAAGGCGCUCGGCUUUUUCAGCAACAUUGGCCAGGCGGACUACUACCCGAACGGGGGCGUACGGCAGCCGGGCUGCGGGCUCAGCCUGACCUGCAGCCAUCAGCGAGCGGUGGACUUUUUCAAGGAAUCGCUCAACAUACGCAACUAUUACGCGCAACGAUGCGACGGGCUGACGAACCUGGGCCCAUCCUGCUCCACCGACCGAACGGUGCUGGGCGGAUUGGUCUGGCGGAAGUCGAAACCGGCCGGCGUGUACUACAUCGCAACCGCCUCCAACGAACCAUUCCUUCGUAGCAGUGGUUCGUCAGCCCAGCUGAGAUCGAUAUCCUGGAUCAUCGCGGUGGCGUCGGUGCUGUCGGCAGCAGUACGGUGGGCCUGAACAAGCUCAACCACGCGCCCGUUUCAUGACGGCAACAAGCACGCCAACACGCGUGCAAUCGGUUGGUAGAUUGUAUACAUGCCCUCUGCAUGGUAAGCUGAUUAACGCAGGCAGUGUUACGCUGCUCGAACGCAUUCGUAGGAUCGCACGUAGAGCAGCAAGGCGUGACUAGCGAUCGUCCAAGUUUAGCUAAUUACCAAUCACUUAAUCGACACAGCGGACAACAAGUACUUCGCUGCGUGGCUGCGCGUAGAUGAUGAUCUCUGGAUGUGAUUGUGCCGAAACGUAGGGAAGGGUUAUUCGACGCACAAAGACAACAUUACAACAGCACGUCCAAUCAAACCAUAA